AUUUUAUCUCUUCAUUCCAAUCCAGUUCAAAAUCUUUAUUUUUUUCAACUAUAAAAUCUUAAUUUUGGAUUAAUAUGAAUAAUAUCAAUACUGAUCAAAUGGAUUUAUCACAAAAGUUUCCAUCAAAAGGCAAAUUGCAAUGUGAACAGUCGAAAAUUAAUGAAGAAAUUGUUUUCUCUGAUCAAAGUGAGAAUAGAGUCGAAUGGAUUUCUCCUCCACCAUAUACUGCUUCUGUUCCCAACGUUAAUGACGCAGUUGUUUUCUAUCAACCACAAAGAGCAGUUGUAGUUCAACAACCUUAUGUUCCCGAUAAUUUGAUUUGGAGUAUAAUUUCUCUAUUUUUCUGUUUGCUUACUGGAUUAGUGGCAUUAAGUCUAAGCAUGGCAAGCAGAAGAGCAAAAGAAGAAGGAAAUUAUCAGGAAGCAAAAGCAAGAGCUUCUUCUGCAAAAUCCCUUGCCAUUGUUUCAAUUAUUAUUGGAAUAUUGAUUGGUGCUCUUAGCGGAAUUAUAAUAUAUGUAACAAGGACAUCAAAUAAAAAUACUAGAGAAACUUAUUAAAAAAACAUGUUUUUACAGUUUUUUAUUAUAAUUUUUUAAGGAUUUUCAGACUCAUUUUUGAGCUAAACAUAAUCUAGUUUUCUUACUAGACUGCCAAGAUUAU